UUAGCUGAAUUUCUAAGGGGUAACACUUAAAGCGGAUAAUGCAAAUCUUGAAGCGUUUGCUGGUUGGUGCUGCCCUAAUGGGCCUGGUAUGGGCUUUGCCCAUGGUUAGCCGAUUGGAGACAGAUCCUGAACUGACUGCCGGUUAUGUAGAAGGAGAUAUGGUCAUAGAUGCUAAGGCACGCAAUGGCUUGCGCAACGAAAGUCUACAAUGGCCCGAUGGCAUUGUGUACUACAAAUUUUUCCAGCAAUUAGAUGAGCCCCAUCACAAUCACAUUAUUCGUGGCAUGAAAAUCAUCGAGGAAGUUUCCUGCAUACGUUUCAAGGAAGCCACCCCUGAUAUUCAGCAUUAUGUGAAUAUUACCAGCCUUGUUGGAGGCUGCUUUUCCACGGUCGGUUAUCGCAGUAUUGGAGCCCAAUCCUACAAUCUAGAGGACUAUCCCCUGGAUCAGGGCUGCUUCCGUCUAGGCACUGUGGUGCAUGAGUUCUUACACACUUUGGGUUUCUAUCACAUGCAGAGUGCCGCCAAUCGUGAUGAGUAUGUCUUCAUCAAUGAGACCAACAUUCAAAGUAACUCCAUACACAACUUCAACAAGUAUAAUGAGACCGUCGUGGAUGAUUUCGAUGAGGAAUAUGAUUAUGGCAGUGUUUUGCAUUAUUCCGCCUAUGCCUUUUCCGCCAAUGGUGAGAUGACCAUUGUACCCCUCAAGGAAGAAGAAGCUUCUGGUAUUAUGGGACAACGUCGUGGCAUGAGCAAGAGCGAUAUAAAUAAAUUGAAUUUGAUGUACAAAUGCCCAGUUAAUGUGUGAGCUGCAAAACAAGUGAAUAAAAAAUUGAACAAAGUUACAACAAAGUAAAA